UCCAGUACUAGUAUAUCCCAUUACUUCUUCGGUCGCCUUCCCAUCGUCCUCGUGACACUCACCAACUCACGCGGCGCACAAUGGCUUCCCUCACUCAAGGAAUCCUUCUGAAACUAUUGCAGGCCAUGAAUUCCAACACCCGCGUCACCGGGGACCACCGAUCUGCCCUUCUCCAAGUCAUCGGAAUCGUCCCUGCUCUCGCCGGUUCCGACCUCUGGCCCAACCAUGGCUUCUAUGUCCAGCUCUCCGAUUCUCUUAAUUCCACUUACAUCUCUCUCUCUGAGCGCGAUAACGAACUCAUCCUCACCAAUCGUUUACAGCUCGGCCAAUUCGUGUACGUUGACCGUUUCGAGUUUGAUUCUCCUUUCCCUUGUGUAUCUGGUAUUCGGCCCGUUGCUGGCCGCCACCCAUUUGUGGGAAGUCCUGAACCACUCAUUGCGCGAAUCUCGGCUUCCAAACGGGAAUUCGUGAUCCAACCUGUUUCGGAUUCGGAUCCGUCCAUCGACCCGAUUGCCCUGUACCUCUCUAGCAAGAAACCUGAGCAGGCGCGAAGUGAUAUCAAGGAAACGAAGACGGAACAUAAGGUUGAAAAGCUUAAAACAAGGCAACCUCUAGCCCCUCGAGAUAAUUUGCCAUCGGGAAAUUUGGAUGAUACCAAGGUUCCGGAGAAGCCUCAAAGGUUCUCAUCUCCCGCAACUGCAAAAAGAUCGGCAUCUGCAGGGAAGAAGAAUGUCACAGUGGCGGAAAGAGACCCUUCACCAGCGGGAAAAGGAAAGAGGUCGGCGUCACCGGUGCCAUCGAAGUGUGUGGUUCCCAGCUUAGUUGCUGCACGUGAUGAGAAUCGCAAGGCAUCAAAAGAACCUGCAAUUAUAGUGCCGUCAAGAUAUAGGCAGCCUUCUCCGAAUGGGAGGAGACAGGCAUCGCCAAACGCAAGAAGAGCUUCACUUUCUCCUGGGAGAAGGUUAUCCGGUGGUCUCAAGAUUUCUCCCAUGGUUGCAGGGGUUGCAGAUUCUGCAAGCAAGAAAAAGAUGGCAACUAUUGCUGCUGGAAUUUCGAGAGUGUCAGAAGCACUCGUGGGACCUGCAAAAGCAACCAGGAAGAAUUGGGAUGAGCAACCAACUGUUGCAGCACCUGCAGAGCAGAAAGAAAAAAGUGUGACUAAAAGUAAACUUGAUGCCCAAUCAAUCUUGCGUACACAGGCUGCAAUCUCAAGGAGAUUAAGUGAUGUGAAUGGUCAGAAAACCAGUAGCAAUGACUCUUCGACUGAGGAAAAAACUAAAUCUCAUUCCAUUGAAAGAUAUCAGGCUCAAGCAAAAAGCAAUUUUGCAGCUCUAGGUAUCACCAUUUAUGAGAAGAAAUGGACUGACGGCACGGUUCCAUUGGAUGCCGUGUCAGUGAAACUAGCAAAACUUGGAAAGGAUGCAUUGCAAAGGAAAGCCCUAGCUUCUGCAGUUGCUGCUCAAGCAUUGGAGGAGGCCAAUACAACUGAGUGUGUUGUAAGGAAUUUAAGCAUGUUUUCAGAGCUCUGUUCUGUAUGCAAGGCCACAAAUCCGUUACCAACCAUAGACCGGUUUUUUACAAUCUAUGAUGACGUUCUGAGAUCAGUUAAAAUAGCUGAAUCAGUUGUGAGUGGUCAUAAUUCUGAGGCACUUGAUGAUGGGUAUCCAACAGAACAAUCAAAGUCGCUCUCUCUCUGGGUUGAGGCUGCCUUGGCCACUGAUCUUCAGGUAGUGUCCCUCCUAACCGGGAGUGACGCCAACCCUCCAUUAAACUUGCAAAGGAGUUUGUCUCUGAAUAUGAAUGCCACUUCGUCAACGAAUUCCAAUCCUAUUGUUGGGGGGUGGACAGCGGGCAGUGGAAUGAAAGAGACAGCAGAGCUUGGAACCAAUUUGUUGUCUGAAAUGCAAAUGUGGUUUCUACGGUUCGUUGAGGAGUCCCUGGAUGCUGGAUUUAAAGUAUUUGGGGAAAAAACUUUACCUUUGGAUGGUGGUUCUAUUGCUGUAGUUUUAUCUCAUUUGAAGCGAGUGAAUGAAUGGUUGGACCGUGUGGUUUCUAAAGGGGAUGACUUGCUGACAGACAAGAUAGAAAAGUUGAAGAGAAAGAUCUACGGCUUCGUGAUCCAGCAUGUGGGAACAACUUUUGAUAGCUGCUCAUCCCCUUCAUCAUGAUUUCCUGGUACUACUUUGAUUUAUGGUUUGGAAGUUGAGAAUGUCGAAAGAGAGAUGCUCCUUCAAUAAUCAGAUUAUUUUGUUCUAAUUUAAUGGAAAUGGUUUGGUUAAAAAAAAAAUUAAUGGAAAUGGUACUCAUUUCAUUAUGUAAAUGAAGUUUGGCUGCAGUAUUUGUUCAUUCUUGUUAUGAAAAUUUUAUAUCAGGGUGAUGUAGUUCUUUCAACUGCAAGUAUGAAGCAAAUUGAGACGGGUCGCUGAUUUUGGUUA